AUGACAAAACUCGAAGGAAACACGGUCUUACCAGAACUGGUCCUUACUUUGAGUGAUGAACGACAGCAGCGGCUGCGAGAAGCAUUUAGAACGUCAUACAUGGAAUGCCUGGAUUAUGGCUUUCUCAAUCUGGAUAGGGGUGCCCAAAACCUUAUAUGGGAUGAGGAUAAUGCGCAACGGUAG